AUGGGUGAUUUCAAUUGUAUUCUUCGGCUUGAUAAGAAAAAUGGAGGUCUUGAUCCAAGAACUUCAGCUAUUAAUGAGUUCUCAAAUUGGUUAGAUGAUAAUAAUCUUUUUGAGGCAGAUUCUUUGGGAACAAAAUUCACAUGGACCAAUAGGCAGUCAGAUACUAAUAGAAUCAUUAGUAAACUUGAUCGUGCUAUUAUUAAUGCUGCUUGGCUUGAAAAGUUUGAGAAUUGGCGGUGUAAAGCUCUUCCUAGGGAAGUUUCCGAUCAUUCUACUUUUUUGGGUUAUUCUUUUUCUGUUCCAAGACCUAAAAGAGCUAUGUUUCGUAUUCAGAAGAUGUGGUUUUUGCACGCUAAUUUUCUUCGUAUGAGACUCAAAGGUGUAAUCAAAGAAUGGAAUAUCUUGGUCUUUGGUAAUAUUUACUCUCGUUUGAAGCAAGAUCAGUUGAGAUUUGAAGCAGCUGCCCUUCGUUCGGAUGUGGAUCCUAGUGAUGUUACUAAUAUCAAUCUUAUGAAAGAUGCUAUGUCUAAGCUUAGUGAAACUCGUCUCCAGCACAAUACUAUGCUAAAGCAAAAUGCAAGGAAUCAAUGGCUUGUGGAGGGUUCAAGCAAUUCUUCUUUCUUUCAUAAUAGCAUUCGUAUUCGAAGAAGUGCUAAUACUAUUUCUGAAUUAGUAGAUGGUGUGUAA